AUGAGGAACCUCGUUGAAACAGGGGAAGAUCCCCCCUUCCAGGAGAGCGGAUCUGAACUGGAUGAAGAAGAAGAUGAGAACGACAACACCCAAGAGCUGGAAUUCGAGGCGCCUGAGGAUCUCUGCCAACUUGAAGAAAUCAAGGAAGUGAAACGUUUGGUGGCCAGAUUUGGCCCCCCAGGGCGGUAUUUUGGCAAGAAAACUUCAACUGAAAAGGCUGAUGAUACCGCCGAGGCGCUUGAACCCUUUGGAAAUUAUAGAAGGGGGAGCAAAAGGGCCGCGGCUUGGACAGCCCAGGACGCGUUGUACACCGGCUUACGCGAGUUUGCACGAGCCGGAGGCCGUCUCAACGAUGAAGGAAUUAGUCUGAUUCGGGAGGAUCCUUACUACCCUUUGUGGCGAGAAGUGGCUCUAGUUAUUAUCAACGAAUACCGCUCAAGAGUCAAACACAGCCACAAACAAGGAAAACCACGAUCCCAGGCAGAAAUCGGCCUAAUACGACGAAUCAAAAACAAGGCCAAGAACGCCGUGGUAGGAUGGCAUAAUAACGGUCGAGUUGAGAUUCGCGGACAAUCAUAUCCAGCAAAUUCCGAUACAGUUUUGCCUAGUCGCGCGCAGGUUCUCGCCACUAGAUAUCUUGAUAAACUAGGAUCAGUCAACGGUACACUUUUUGGAGACCUAUAUUCCCUCGGGCGCCAUGACCUGGGGUUCGUCACGCUAUCCAACGAUCAAAAAGUGGGAGGUAUCGCCGUGGUGGCUGAAUCCCCCGCCGCGAACGCUGAGAUUAAGAACAUCAAGGAUGAAAUCGCCUCAAUGAAAAUUAGGGUUGCUCAAGAAUUCUGUAAGCAAACUAAUCUUAUCAAUGGGAAGGCUAAAGAGUCGAAAGAGGCGGCGGAAAACGCCAGAGAAUAUACCGAAACUGAGAUCGGUAAACUAAACGCCAACAUAAAAACGAAAACGGAUAACCUUGGUAAAAGAAUUAAAGAAAGUUUCGCCCUCAGAGACAAAGAAAUUGACCAAUUGAAGGAAGAAAAUAAGAAAUUGGGCGAAGAAAACCUCAAAUUAAGUAAAGAAUUCGCCAAGCUUCUAAAAAUCGUUAACAAGAUAAAGGGUGGGAUAGAGAAAAAGCGCCCUCAAGAUGAGGAUAAAGUUUCUCCGCCCCCCAAAAAGCCCAAGCCGUCAAAACCAUCGCCAGGAAAAGGGAAAACGGCGGGGGAAGCGGCGGGCAAAGCAACAGGAAAAACGACGAAGGGAGAGUCGAAAUCUGCAAGUCAGCCACCAGAAGAAGAAGAAGAAGAAGAAGAGGAUUUUAUUUGGUAA